AUGGACGCUGUUGCUGAAGGUGCUCCGGUUCAGCUGGAAGAAAAUAUCAUAACUCUUAAGACUAGCGAUAAUAAGGAAUUCAAACUAGAAAAGUCUGUAGCGGUAAAGUCAGAAGUCAUCAAGAGCUUUGUACAAGACAAUGAUUGUACUUUCAUCCUCUUGACUAAUGUUGAUGGAAAAACAAUAGAAAAAGUGAUAAAUUAUUGGAAGAAACAUUCGGAGGAAGGUGUUACGGAAGUUCAACUAGAGAAUUUUGAUCAGAAUUUCUUGAAGAUGAGCCACGCAGAAUUAUUUGAUGUUCACUUGGCUGCUAGAUAUCUUGAUGAUAAGCAGUUGGAGGAGGUAAUAAUCCAAGAAUCUAUUGAUAGAAUAAAAGGGAAAUCACUAGAGGAAAUACGUGAAGUAUUUGGUAUCGUGAAUGAUUAUACUCCAGAGGAAGAGGAGCAGGUCCGUAGAGAGAAUGCUUGGGCUUUUAAAUGA